AUGAAAAUUUGGCUGAUAUUAACCAUUUGUAUCUGGUUUCUCCAACCUUCUGAAGGAAGUUUGUUCCAUGAAAGACUACAAAUUCGACAAAAUUUUACGAAUCUGGUUUUGAAGCAGGAUGAAGUCAUACAAUUCAGGCUGAGUGACUAUUUUGGAGGCUCAAUGAAUGAGUAUAGCUUAAAUAUGACAUUACUCCAAGGAGAGAAGGAUGAAAAUAUGUAUAGCGAUUUGAAGAAGAUAUUCCAACUAAACGAGCCUUACAAGUCAGCAUUGAAGGAAGAGAAUAUUAAUACCAGAAAUCUUCCUCCCCAUUCAGAUAUGCAUGUACUAGUAAUUAUCCCAGAGAAAACAAGGGUUGACCGGACGAUCAUUGUUUUUAUUGAUGAAGAGUUCAGAUUCAUAAUGACUGAUUUUACUGACCUCCAAUUAGUGAAUGCAAGGAAUGUAGGAACUCUAAACUUGUUAAGAGUUCUAGACCAUCUAAUGUUAGCUUUUCGGGAAACAAUAGAUGAAGAUAAUUACUGAUUUUAUGAGUUUGUUAAAACUCCUACUUUAUUCCAAUGUGCUGCUGAUGAAGGCUACAAAGGAAAACUUGGACUCAGCCCUGCUGAUGUGUAUUGAAAUGGACUAACAAUGGUUUUGCAUAACAGUGCUUACAUGGUCCCAUGUAACAUUGAUACCACUCACUUUUUCUUAUGGAUAAUCACCAACCCAAGUGGAGAUAGAUUCCACAUCAAUGCUUUUGUUCAGAGAAACAAUGACAUUAUUAAUGGACACAGGAACCCUAAUAUGAUUACUUCUUAUUCCAAAAAGUCUCCAGGAUAUUUUGGUGACAGAACAAGAGCGUAUAUAUUCCUGUCGUCAAUUAGGUACCGCGAAAUGAUCCAACUGUUCGUGUUUGAUAUUACUUAUGUUCAAGAUCACUCAGUCAAAUAUAUUUAUACCAAAACCUAUAAUGCAGAUUACUUCAGAAAGAGAGGUCAAGCAGUUAGUUCAUUCAACUUAAGAGGGAUCAUAAAUUAUGAGAUGUUUUAUCCAGAAGAAAAGGAGAUUACAAAUCCAUUCUACAUAAAUCUUGUAGUCAGUUGCAUCAAUAAUGGACUGAUGUUUAUUCAGUUUAAAGAAGAUUUUGGGAAUGAUACUUACACCCCUCCUGAUGAUUUAAAGUACGAGCUGAAUAUUACUUCAAAUACUCACUUUACCGGGAUUGGAAGGUUAUUUACAGAGAAAAGCUUUAGAAACACUGAUGUUGAUUUUAACUUCUUUGCUACUUCACAAGCUCCCCCAAUAGUGUACCAAUGGACAAUUGACAGUAACCGAAAUGUCAAAACUUACAGAACACUUGGAUAUGAUGCGUUUAACUUGACUGUCCAACGGUAUAUUGGUAUUGACGACGUAUCUGUUAAUGGAAACUAUAUCGCACAUCUUCUUUUUGAUACACACAACUUCCACCAAGUUGUAAGGAUCUACUACAGAAAUGAGACAAACUUUGGGUCUGGGCACACUCAUAUUGCACUUUAUGAAUUUAAAACCUUUGUGAGUGCCUUUACAUUUGUGAGAUACCAAGACUGAGAUCAUAUCUUUAUCAGAAACAUGAAUAGGAUGGAAGCUUUUGAAAUCAGGCCUAGCUCUUUAAUAAUCAACACUUAUGAUUAUCCUGAGGAGUAUAAUGCCUUGACAAACAAAACAUUUUUGAUUACCAUUCAGGCAAAGAAUGAUUUCUCUUUUCUGAAGGACCCGAGUCUUUCAUUCGAAGUCAAGUUUACAGAUAUGAGAGAUAUGAACGUGUACCGAAUAGCUUCUUUGAAUGAGACAAUCUUCCUCCAUGCCUAUGGUGACAUCUCUUUCGAAAGAGUUAUAGAUUACUUUUAUAGCGGUCCUAAUAAGGAAUUCGGCAUCAAACCGAAGACGAAUCUAGAGCUCAGGCCUGAGAACAAAUUUGAAACUAAGAAUUACUUGAACUCAAUUAUCCGUGAAUUACAGGAAGACUCUAAUUGUACUAAAAGUGUGUUCUCAAGGUGGAAACAUCCAAAGACAGGCAAAGAAUCAGUCUCUUUCUUCUGUAUUGGCACUAAUAUCAUUGAAAAACACGAGUUUGAUGCCAUAGAUAUGGUCCAAAUCGACUUUAGGAGAGAUAUCUUCCCAUUUGCCAACUUCAUUGACUUCUAUGUCUAUGAGAAUGAAAACACAAGAGGGAGAAGACUCAGAAUCCUCAGUCACGAGCAUAGUGAGGAGUGGUAUCCUGCUUAUUAUAUUCAUGAGUUCUUGUUUACCAGAAAUAUGCUAAGAUGGAGAAGAAGGACGAAGAUUCAAAUUGAUGGAUACACUCUUAGGGAAUUUAAUCCCCUGAUCGAUAUUGAUUUUGGAUAUGGCUUCAAUGCUUUAGUUGAUGCUUCAGAGAGGAACGUCAUUUUCACAACUAUCAGGUUUAAAAGGCAGAAAGCAAUUGUGAAAUCAAAUAAUAGAGUUCGAGAUGUUCACCCAUGUUGUGGCAUGAACAUUUACUUCAGUCAUUAUGGCAAAAACUAUGUCUCUUCUUAUAGGUUUUUCUAUUACUUUGAUCAAGCUGAAGACAGUAUUGAGGCUAGGCUAGAAUUCGUCAAAUAUAUUAGAUUCUAUGAUGUCUAUAAGGCUUUUGAUGUAGAUAAGGAAGGAAGAGCAGUCCUAUUCUCAAAAGAUAAUCAAAUUGAUUUGAUGCAAGCUUUUAGCCAAUACAAUUUUGAUUUUGUCAGAAGAUUCCCAAUGUAUAGCUUUAAGAAUAAAGUUAGAUUUGUUAUUUGUGAACAAUCUGGAAUACCUCUUUUCCAAAUGUUGGAGAACUCACUGUAUGUAUUAAUGUAUGAUCAAGAUAACCCAUCGGAUAAGAAAAUCUUUAUAUACAAGAUGGAUACCCCUUCACAUAACUCUCUUUUAAACCUGAUUGAUCUUGACAGUAAGUUUACUGACUACCCUCUAUCAUUAUCAAGUGAGAUAAUUAGAGGAUUUGAUACUGUAAUAAUCUAUCUCUUCUUUGAUGGGAGAAUUUAUCAAUAUAUUGAAUACCAGAAGGAAAACACUAUUGUUCCUAAAUGGAGAGACUGAAAUAUUAUUGUUGACCCCUCGGAUGAUAAGUCUUUUCAUCCACUAACAGUGCCUUUUGAAAUAUAUCCCAUCAAGACUCAUCAUACUCAGACAGUGAAUGAAUCUCAUAGGAUUAAUAUUAAUAGCAGAAAUAUUGGAUUGGUUGUAAAACACAGGAAUACAGAUGAAGGAGUAAUCACCAGAAUUCAUGAUGCAUUCCCAGUCACUCUUUCCUUGUUAGAUUUCUUUGAUGGAUUCAAUAUUUCUUACAAAAUGUCUGAAAUAUCAGGAGGCUCUACUGACUUUUCUUGGACUCUUUCUGGAGAUAACAUAGAGAAUUACUUAUUAGAUGCAGUAAAUGUAGAUCAAAAAGUGCUCUACUCAUUCCAAUACAUCAUCGAUGGCUUGGCUCAUCUGGUUGUGAUUUACACAAAUGAUUACUUAAUGGAGAUCUUCUGACUUGAAGGAGGAAUUACCAAGAUUGAUGGAGAUUACAGUUAUAAUAAGUUCUUUGGAGACGAUGUUAUUGUAUUUGCAAGCUAUGAGUGAAUAGAAGAGAAAAAUGCUUCCUUCCUAGUUCUCAGUACUUUGAAGGAUACAAACUUUUUGGGUCAAAAAUAUCCAAUCAAGCUCUUCAGUUUUGAGAUUACUAAAGACUACAGAAUAAGAACAGAAUUGAUGAUGGAGAGACCACAUAACAUGAGGUUGCUUAGAACCAUGAUGACUGCUUCUACUCUUCAAAGUGUUGACUUUGUCUUCAUAUUCCAGUCUGAUUACAGGUUUAUUUCUGACUCUGAGAUAACUUUCACAAACUUAGAGUGCCCUAAAAUGCAUCAUUGUGAGUCUAAAGAUGAGCACUCUAUUAGUGGAACUUUCUUGCAGUUUGAUGACUUUGUUGUAAACACCUUUACUUUCCUCGGUGAUGAAGAUACAUUUGUCGCUAUUGGUGUUGAUAACUUUGGGUUUAUUGUGAUGGACUUGAUAACUGGGAACAUUGUGGAAGAAGUACCCUUUAUUGAUUAUUAUCCUCAUCUCCCUAAAUUCUCCAUUCUGAAGUUGGUCAAUAUUGCUAAUACUGGGAUCAGAAUACUUUUGGCAAAUGGAAAUGCCUUCUCUUUUAUCUGGGACAAUCUAAGGCGUGUUGGAGACGGUAGUAUUUUUGAAGCACCAAGAGCCUCUACUUCCUUCCUGGAUAUUUCUGGAGAUUAUUCUUCUCCAUUAAUUCAAGAAAUUGAUGGAAUUGGGGUAGCUCAAUUAGUUUAUUACAGACAAAGCAAUGGCUUCACCUCUGCUUUUGUGAGGAUAUACAAUUCAUUUAACAGAGUUAACUCGAAAGUGUUUCAAGAAUUCUCUUUAGGAACGGUUAGAGAGUGUGACACUUUGUCUGUGAUAGAUGUUGAUAAAGGAAUUUCUAUGACUUGUGGACCUAAUCUUAUUUUACUAAGGAUCAGUAUUUACCCAUUUUUACAAAUUAAUGCAACAAAUGCUGCUCCUCUGAGUCUAGAAAUAGAUGUUGGGAACCAUUUCUCGAACACAAAAUUAAUAGUGAAUGCACGAAAUAACAACAUUGGGUCAAAUAUCCCAGGAUGGCUUCUCCUUCUAAUAUUUAUGUGUAGCUUGAUAGUUCUCUUGAUGGUGAUCCAGAUCUGUUGUAACUUGAUUAGCAAGAAGAAAGAUGGAGAAGAAAGCUCAUUAAUGGAAGAUUCGAAGAAUGCUACGAAUAAGAGUGUUAAGGCAUCAGAUGAGAGUACUGAUGAAGCUUCUUCAGGAAGUACUCUGCUUCAUACAACAAUUAGGACUUCCUUCAAUGCUAGAGAGGUUGCCAGUUCAAUCUUUGGCAGAAAUGAUUCUGCUUCUUCCUUCAAGAGUAAUGAUAUGAUUGUGAUGGAAUAUGAUGAUGAAAAAGAAGAGGAACAACAAAAAAUCAGAGAAGCCCAAGAAAUGAGAAUUAACAAUACAAUGUCAAUAGAAUCUGAUGACUCAUUAGCUGAGAGUGUUAACACCAGUAGGCAAAACAGGUUCAAUAAUUUGGAAGUUAUUGAAGAAGAAGGAACAGAGGAUCUUUAUAAAACAGGGAAUACAUGCUUACAAUAAAGAGAUCUCAUGAUGAAGAUGAAGCUUUGCUUUUAUUUUAUAACUAACUGGUC